ACAGGCUCCUUCUUCAUCUCUUCCUUAGCCACCACCGAUUCACAAGUCAAAAGCCAGCUCUUAAGAGGCCAAACCCUGCUCCCUGCCGCUGGCCCCAUUUACACCACUCGAUACAUCUCUUUUUCCAUGCUUACCCCACCUCUCAUCCAAAAGUUUCACUCUUUGUCUUAUUACCUUUUUGUUUCUCUCUGAAUUCAAUAUCCAUCCCAUCAUCAUCAGCUUUAUCAUUUCCAAGGACUACAUGUUAAGAUAGAUAGAUGCAAGUUUUAUGUCGUUAUUAUGGUUCAAUGAUAUAUUGACUAGGGUCGAGUUUGUCUUUACACGAAUUGACCUCACUUAGGGUUAUUGCUCUAUAUAUACAGUAAUAAUGGAGAAAGAAGAAAACUACGCGGUACCAACAGCACAUAUACUCUUAUCUUCUUUUUUCUUUUUUUCUUUUUCAAAACCUUUAGAUUUAUUACCAAUCGCCAUGUUAUUCUGCUACAAACUUGAUUUCCUUCAGGCAAAUUUUGUGGGGCUAGAUUAUUCUUUAGACCAUCAUCAGCAUCAUCAGCAUCAUCAUCAACAUCAGCAGCCUCGGAUUGGUGAAUCUUGUGGUGAUAACAACAAUGGGAUGGUUGAUUAUAUGUUGAAUAAUCCUCAACAACACCCGCAUAUAUCAUCUUCAUCAGGGUUUUACACUACUCCAACAUCUUUCGAUAAACUGAGCUUUGCUGAUGUGAUGCAGUUUGCAGAUUUCGGUCCUAAAUUAGCUUUAAACCAAACAAGGAUCCCUGAAGACGAGACUGGGAUCGAUCCUUCUGGUUAUUUCCUAAGGUUUCCUGUUUUAAACGACAAGUUAGAGGAUGAGUCUUUAAUGGUUCCUCCAUCUGGGAUUGAAAACGUUGAGGAAUUGGUGGAAGAUAAGCAUGGAGAAGAUGAAGCUAGGGUUUCUGAUAAUGCUGCGGUGCAACUUCGUUUCUUUGGAGAAGAUGAUGGUCAUAACAAAAACCCCAUAGUACCUACAGAUGCUGCUAAGAACAAGAGAAAGAGGCCAAGAACGAUCAAAACCAGUGAAGAAGUUGAAAGCCAGAGGAUGACUCACAUAGCUGUUGAAAGGAAUCGAAGGAAGCAAAUGAACGAGCAUCUUCGAGUGUUGAGAUCCCUCAUGCCUGGCUCUUACGUUCAAAGGGGAGAUCAAGCCUCCAUUAUAGGUGGAGCCAUAGAGUUUGUGAGAGAAUUAGAGCAACUCCUUCAAUGUCUAGAAUCUCAGAAAAGAAGAAGAUUGUAUGGAGAAGCUUCACGGCAGAUGGGAGAUACAUCAAUGGCAGCUAUUCAGCAGCAGCAGCAGCAACAACAACAACAACAGCCGGUGUUUCCUCCUAUGUCUACUCUCCCGAACGAUCAAAUGAAGGUAAUGGAGUACGAAACCGGACUCCGCGAAGAAACAGCCGAAAACAAAUCAUGCUUGGCGGAUGUUGAAGUGAAGCUUUUAGGGUUUGAUGCAAUGAUCAAGAUCUUGUGUAGGAGAAGACCAGGCCAACUGGUUAAAACCAUAGCAGCUCUCGAAGAUUUGCAGCUUAAUAUCCUUCAUACCAACAUCACCACCAUUGAACAAACAGUUCUAUAUUCCUUCAACGUUAAGGUUACGAGUGAAUCUGGGUUCAGCGCUGAAGACAUUGCGAGCUCAGUUCAACAAAUAUUCAGUUUCAUUCAUGCAAAUAGCAGCAUGUAAUGUAAUGAAAUCCAGGAAGAUAAGUUGAAGGGAAAUUAGUUCUCUGUUGGAUCUUUUCAAAUUUCAAUAACCCUUUUUUUCAAUGGAUAUAUAUAUUUGAUUUGUAAUAGAAACAUGUAAAAUAGUUGUCAGCAAACUUUCAGCAUAAUUUACUACUUUUGAUAUUUAAUUUCCCUUGUAAAAGUAAAAUUAACUUUUAUAAUUAACAAGUCUUUUAUUUGAA